UGAAAGGUUUGGAACCCCUCCCCUUAUAUAUAAAACAAAGACUCCGCCUCCAAUAUGUGGCAUUGAGUGUGUGUCCACACCAGGGUAGAAUUGGCACCAUGCUCUCCAGAUCAGCCAUGCACGUGCCACAUUAUGCCCCUUCCAUGUUCAGGGAGUUUGACAGAUGGAAGGGCUAUCUGAGCCUUGCGAAAGUGGUUACGGAGAUCAUCGCGGAACGCAAGAAGGUCCCAUUUCCAUCUCAGAGUUGGGACACAAUGGAGUACGACAUGCAGCUAGUCCUCAACGAGGACAACUUUGAAACAGCAUCACAAUGGGUUAAUGGAAGCAGUUCCAGCAGCAAGAGCUCCAAAGGUAGUGCCAAUGGCCAGGCUUCCCAAAACAAGGAGAUUUGCAAUUUCUGCAAACACAACGGGGAAUCCAAGCAGGUCUAUUCGUCCCACCGGCUGAAGGGGAUGGACGGCACCGUGGAGUGCCCCAUCUUGCGCAAAUACACCUGUCCGCUCUGCGGUGCCACGGGCGAAAAGGCCCAUACUUUAAAAUACUGCCCACUGAGCCAAGGGAAGAGGUCGCUGUAUCGCAAGUGCGGACGUAACUCGGCUGGACGCAAGGUGAGGAGAUAAGAAGAUCAGGAGAAGACCGAAGCAUUUAUUCUUAGUUUUAGUUUGACUUUGUAAAAGAACAACAUUUGAUUUCGAGCAUCAUUAACACUCUUUACAUUUCCUCCCACUUUGUUUCAGGUUUGGAGAAUGGAAGCCCAAUUCUCUUAGACUACAUUUAUGUGUCAGUUGCCUAGUGUGAUGACUCAUGGGCCCUGCAGUCCUAUUCCUGACAGUAUUGUGGCAGAUGAGGAGGAAAAUAUGGAGUUUUCCCCAGAUUUCCGGUCGGAGUCAGAGCCUUGGCAGCUGCCUGAAGUUCUAGUCCAAGAACCAAUUAAACCUGACCUUGGUGGGAACUCUCCCCCUUAUGGGAGAAAACAGGCUUACACGACUGAUAGAGGAUCGAGAGAAAAAUUUAGAAGUAGUGCUCGCCUUGCUGCCAAAUAUGCCACUGAUUAGAAGUAUUUCCCCUGAGAAAAUACGGGGAGUCUUGCACCUGCAAGCUGGUUUCCUUCGCUCCCUGUUCUCUAGGGAAAGUGAUUGUUGUUUGGGGAAACGAGACCCAAUAUAGGGAAAUUGCGCGAAGGAUUCCUUGCGGAGUCAAUUCGUCAGCUCCUGGAGAGAGGUCAUGUGUGUGUGGACUUCGAAUCCUGUUCCUUGCCUCCUGAAUCUAGUUCCAAGCCUUGUCCUCGUCUCACGGAUUUACCACAGAUCUUGUUCCAUGCUUCAAGUUGCUUUGCCUUUAGCCACAGCUCCAGCCACGUUCCAAGUAACUUUCAGCCUUGUGUCAAGCUUCAUUGGAUUCAAGACUUUUUCUGUUUUCCCAACGCUUUGCUUGGCAAAGCGUGUGUUGCGGUUAUUGGAUUAUAAUCUUUGGACUCUAAUAUUUCAUAUUGGACAAUAAUCUGCUGGACUAUAUUUGGCCUCAUUUGAAAGGUCUGCUUCUGAACUUUAUUCUACACUUGUUUUUAUUGACUUUAUAUAUUCCUUUAAUAAAGAUAUUAGAUAGAAUCUGGCCUCAGUGUAUGGUUAUUGGUGCCCAGCAGCCUAGAUCCUGACACCUUGUAUCAUGCUUUUUUAUACAUAUAAUCAUGUUUUUUACAUAUGUAAUAUCACGUUCCUUUGACAUCUGUAAUUGCCUUAUAUCAUAUUUUAUAUUGUGUUUUAUAUAUGCAGUUACUUUACAUGUUUCUUUUAUGUAUGGAUGUAUAAUUUUUACAUGUUUAAUUAUAUUAUUUGCAACUAUAAUUGCCUAAUAUCAUGCUUCUUUUAUAUAUGCAAUGACAUCAUGUUUAUUUAACGUAUAUAAGUGCCUUAUAUCAUGUCCGGGUUAUCAUGUGUGUCUCCAGAGGGAUGCAGCCCUAUCCUUUGCAGGGAAAAUAUAGAAAUAUCUUCUAAAUGGCUACUGUCUAGAAUUUUGUUUUGUAAAGAAAGGAAAAGUUUAUAUGCUAUUGGAAAGAAAGAUACUAUUUUAUGUUUAAAUUUUGGAAAGGAAUAGAAUUGGUUAUUAUUACUGUGGUCUAACCUUCAAUUGUUUGCAAGUUGUUCUAAAGUUUGGAUCGUAGAGUUUAAUAAACAGAGUUUAUGGUUUUGGCAUCAAAACUGUUCAUGUUGUGCUUAAAUGGGAUUGAAUUUUCUUUAAUUUGUGGCCCAUAAUAGGCUGGUUAUAAGCCUGAUCUGGAAGGCAGCCAAGGCAAAGACCAUUGAGCUGCUGAACUUGCAGACUGAAAGGUCCCAGGUUCAAAUCCCGGGAGCAGAGUGAG